ACGUGCAUCGAGAAGCAUGUAACUGGAUAUUUACUGUCACAGCACUUCGGAGCAUUUUUUCUCCAACUUGGAUCUAUUGAUGACGAUAUUGGAUAUGUGCAAGCGGGAUGAAGAGAACCCCUUUCCUGUCCGCCGAAGUAAAAUAAAAUAGGGUUUCAUACACAUUGGAGUUACUCCUCUCAUUCCCUAUGAAGAAGCCAAACAUUUGGAUACACACCUGUGUCCAUUUUUUGCUGUAUAUCACAGUUGCUGCCUAUUCCAGUGAAUUUGGGAACCCUAUAACAGAUGACAUCAAGAAAAUUCCAUUGUUGAGGCAGAAUAUACCAAAAGAUUACAAGAUCACUGUACAGUACAUCCCUAAAGAAGUCUUCCAGAAGAGUGACAUGUGUUGGGUGAAGUUAAACGUAUAUCGCUUGGAGGAGAGUUUAAAGAUCCUGGGCCAAAAGUUUGGAAACAUUUCCUCCAAUAAAGAUAAUAUAGAAAAAUUCGUUCAAAUACUGCGCGAGAUGCGACAUCAUAUUGGAUCUGGCCUGGAGGGGGUGAUGCUAGAAUUCCAGUGUCACUACAGAGAAGAAAAAUGGCAGACAGGACAUUACUUCGAAUUUGUCGAAGAUUUUUUUGUAACUGCCAACUCCUCGAAAGGGGAUGAAGACUGUGAACCCCCACCAUGCCCCACAACGACGACGACAACAACAACAACAACAACAACAACAUUAGCAAAAACAAGAACACAGUAUUCCUCUAAAGUGUACAUUAAUCCUACUCCAGAUCAGAUUGGAGUAUCAGUAGGGGGAGAACACAGACGAGUCCUUUCAGAAGCGGUGGAGAGAAGCCUUCUGUCUCUACUCCUUAUUCCUUUCUUUGCCAUUGUUUUUUUGUUUGUCUGGAAGAUUAAAUCCAGAAGAAAUGCCCUUCAGCUUGAGAGGAGAGAAGAGGGUCCUUCUCUCUUCUCUGGAGUAGAGACCAGCGCUCCACAGCUAGACGACGACAUACCUGAGAAGAACCGAUUAAGUGUUAUCAGGACAGUGUAAAUCUUACACCUUCAUCGAGUCUGACUGUACAGUGGACAUAAAAAAAGCAACUGAAAAGAAAGCAUACAGACAUCACACAUUUCUCCUUGAUUCUCCCAGCACCUGAUGGGACAUCCGUGGGCUUCAUACACAGUACUGGUCUUUUGAGAACCAAUAAUGUUGUUCAGAACCAUUUCUGAACCAUUGGGGAGUAAGCCUUCCCCCCGCCCCCCCUAACCCCCCCAAAACCCCCCCACCCCCCCUUCGCUGGAGGUUGUUUACUUAGUGUAUACAAGGAGACUGUGCAGAGAGACAACAUCAGCCUACUUUGGGAUCGUCUAGAAAAUGGACAGAUGAAUACAUACUAGAAACUAUGCCCAUUUUCACAUACUCCAAUUCAAAUAGCAUUGCAUGAAAGAGGAAAAGAGGGCAGUUGAAGAAGAGGGCUCUCUGUCGGUGAAGUGAACUUUGGAAUGAACUACCUCCACAUGCACUGGUCCCAGUCCUUUUCUACCUUUUGUCUCACCAAACCCUCUCUCUUUCCUCUUCCUCUUCCUCUUCACCCUGCUCCUCCUCAAAUUUGGGGUUUUCCCCACUAACUGUAUUUCAGUCUAUAUGUUGGAAUCAGUAAAAUUAUUCUCAGAUUGUAUCAGCUUUAUCAUUUUUUUUUCAUCGUCCUAACUGGUGUUGUGGAUUUUAUUUAUUUAUUUUCUCCUAAUGAUGAGAUGGCCUGAAAGGAUUUACAGUUCCUGCAUGGUAUUAAAUAGUGAUUGAGAUUGUUUUUAAAAUAUGAUAUGUAUAUGCCAUUAUACUUAUUCAUGCCUGUGCUCCAACCAUAUGGUUAA